AUGACGCAAGAGACAACUGUGGAAGUGAAGAUCGAGGCACAAGUUAUACCCAAAAGAGGGAGUUUCAAGUAUUUUUGGUCCAUAAUACAAGGUGUUCGGGAGAUUGACUAUGAUGCCACACACCGUAAUGGAGCAGGGUGGAUGAAAUGGAGGUUCGCCUUCGGGGUGCUUUGCGAUAAGAACGUGUCGCCUAGGCUGAAAGGUAAGUUCUACAGAGUGGUGGCUAUACCAAAGAUUGUUGUCAUACGGCGUAGAGUGUUGGCCAGUCAAAACGUUCACGUUGAGAACAUAAAGGUUGUGGAGAUACGGAUGCUCAGAUGA